AUGAGAUCAGGUAAAUCGACGUUAAUUCGUAGAUUAUUUGCAAAUCAUCCGGGUCGUUUUGGUUUUUCUGUUUCUCAUACAACACGACCGCCACGUACAACAGAAAAAGAUGGUGUACAUUAUCAUUUUACAACGAAUGAGAAUUUCCUUAAACUUAUUUCAGAGGGAGCAUUUAUAGAAUAUGCAAAUUUUUCGGGAAAUAUGUAUGGUACGACGGCAAAAGCGGUGGAGGAAGUUAUGGCAAAAGGUUAUACAUGUAUUAUGGAUAUUGAUAUGCAAGGAGUUUUAUCGAUUAAAAAGGCGCCAAUACGUGCAAAAUAUGUAUUUAUAGCACCACCGGAUUUAGAUGUACUUGAAGAAAGAUUGAGGAAAAGAGGAACUGAUGCAGAAGACAGCAUAAGAGAACGACUGAAAAGAGCAGCCUUUGAAAUAGAGUAUGCAAACCGUCCAGGUUCACAUGAUUUAGUUUUGGUGAAUGAUGAUUUGGAUGAGACAUAUGAAAAACUAGAAAAAUUUUGUUUAGAAAAUGAGAUGUAA